CAACCAGUCAGAAUGUAGGAAAAUCUACAGAUAUGACGGAAUCUACUGUGAAUCUACCUACCAGAAGUAUGUUGAAAUCUGUUUUACAAGCCUUGAGAAAGGAAAAAUCCCGAGAUGCUGCUCGUUCUCGAAGAGGAAAAGAAAAUUUUGAAUUCUAUGAGUUGGCCAAAUUGUUGCCACUCCCUGCUGCCAUUACCAGCCAGCUUGACAAGGCAUCUAUUAUCCGAUUAACAAUUAGCUAUUUGAAGAUGAGGGACUUUGCUAAUCAAGGGGAUCCUCCGUGGAACCUGCGUAUGGAAGGACCACCUCCCAACACAUCAGUGAAAGGGAUACAAAUAUGGAAAUCUGAGGUCUGCAUGAGAAAGACACCAUGUGAAGUUAUAGGUGCCCAGCGCAGGAGAAGCCCCAGUGCCCUUGCCACUGAAGUAUUUGAGUCACAUUUGGGAAGUCACAUUUUACAGUCACUGGAUGGAUUUGUAUUUGCACUAAACCAAGAGGGAAAGUUUUUGUACAUUUCGGAAACUGUCUCCAUUUAUCUUGGCCUCUCCCAACUGUUAGGAAAGGGACACAGACAUAGUGCUUCCCAUGUGCCCUAUUACUGGAUGUUUAUGGAGAAUCCGGCUGUUAUCCUGGGAGCUGACACGAUGGCAGGGAGUCUCUUGGAGUCAGGAAAUGCUGAAAGAAACCAUUAA